AUGGAUUCGUCUGGAUCUUCUCUACUUCCUAAAGGAAAAAUUAUUGGAAGCAAAUGGAAAGUUAUUCGAAAACUUGGAGAAGGAGGCUGUGGAUCUGUUUUUAAGGUCCUGAAUUUAGCAUCCAAUCCAACUGAUCCUGAACUGGCUGCUUUGAAAGCUGAGCAAAACUCAGAUAUUAAUGUACUCAAAUUAGAAAUCCAGGUUUUACAACGCUUGGAGGGAAAACCAUACGUGGCGCAACUACUUUACAGUGGAAAGAAAGAAAACGUUUCUUAUGUCAUAAUGACGUUGAUGGGAGAAAGUUUAGCGAACUUGUUGAAGAGAGUGGGUGGCCGUGUGACCAAAUCCACACUCGUUCGUGUAGCUGUCAAUAUACUCUUCUGUAUUAAACAAAUUCAUGAUAUAGGAUUCGUUCACCGAGAUCUUAAACCUGCCAACAUCGCUAUUGGAAAUCCUGCCACGGGUCGUCAUCAUUUCCUCCACGUUUUAGAUUUCGGAUUAUCUCGCAUGUUUGUAACUCAAAAAGCAGGAAAAGUUCAAUUGCGUAAACCGAGAGAACAAGCGCUGUUCAGAGGAACAACAAGAUAUUGCUCUAUCAAUGUGCACAAUAAGAAAGAUCAAUGUAGAGUUGACGAUUUAUGGAGCUUCAUGUAUAUGCUAGCUGAAAUGAGAGCUCCUCUACCAUGGAAACAUAUUCAGACUCGAACGCAAAUUGGUGAAUCAAAAAGAACAACUCCAUUAUCAAAGGUUUUCCAAUGCUUUCCGGAAACAAUGAUUGAGAUAUGCAACUAUCUCAGUGAAUUGGACUUCUUCACUCGGCCAGAUUAUCAUUGGAUUGCUACUAACUUUUUUGAUAUCAUUCGCGAGAACAAAUACAAAUUUACUGACCCUUAUGAUUGGGAAAACCUGAAUUCUAAGAAUGCUGUUAUUACUAUGGAAGAAAUAACAAAUCAAACACGUCGUCCCAAUAGUGCAAGUGAUGCUAGAGAACCUACUAAUUCCUCCGAUUCUCUUAACAAGACACUUGAAGAGAAACCGAAUAUAGUCAUUAGCCCUGAGGAUCCUUUCCCUGAGGAAUACUUUCGAAUGAAUACAUUGGGAGUGUAG